UAUUUCGGUAAGCUGUUGCGUUAGAUGUUUGCUUCUUUUACUACAAAAUGGGAGCAAAAAUGGGCUACAAAGAAGAACCAACUAUACAAUAUCGUUAAACUGCACAGUUUAACAGUCACAAAUCGACUUCACUUGGACAAGUGUGGAUGAAGAGGGCGGGUGCCUUGAUUUAAACAUUUUAUGUUGGUACUUUUGCCCGAAUUGGAAUUAUACCAAUGGAGAAGGCGACGCAGCCACAGCCUCUGCCCCAGCUGACAAUGUCCAAGAGCGCAGAAAGUCCGGCGGAGGACAUAUCUAAGCUAUCGGACGAGGAUCUGCUGAAGUGGAGCAAGGAAGACCUUGUGCGGAGACUCAGAAGAGCAGAGGCCGAUAAAAUGAGUAUCAUUUUGGACCACGGGAACCUGAUCCGUGAGGUCAACCGCAGCCUCCAGCUGCACCUGAACGAAAUCAGGGGACUGAAGGACAUCAACCAGAAGCUACAGGAGGACAACCAGGAGCUGCGGGACCUUUGCUGCUUCCUGGACGAUGACCGGCAGAAAGGGAAGCGGGUGUCGCGGGAGUGGCAGCGUCUGGGCCGCUACAGCGCCAGCAUCAUGCGCAAGGAGGUGACGCUCUAUCUGCAGCGGCUCAAGGAGCUGGAGCUGCGCCAGGAGGAAGUGAUCAAGGAGAACCUGGAGCUCAAGGAGCUGUGCCUCAUGCUGGACGAGGAGAGGGGCGGCGGAGGCGGCGGGGGCGGCGGCGGAGCGGGCGGCGGGGCCGCCGGGGUCGCCGGCUGCCGGAACUCCAUCGACAGCCAGAGCAGCCUGCUCGUGCCGGGGGCGGGGCUGCUGCGGGAUGUGGGAGACGGCAGCAGCACGUCCAGCGCAGGGAGCACAGACAGCCCCGACCACCUGCACCACAAGCAGCAGCUCCUGGCCGGCCCCGCCGUGGGAGGGAGCCCCGACCACCUGCAGAAGCCCAGGGUCGGGCCGGGGGGAGAGGGGAGCAGUCCCGAGCAUCCUGGCAGGCUCAGGAGCACCAGCCUGGACUACCCUCUAGCCCUGCCCCCUCCCUGCAGGCCCCGAUGCGGCUCCAUCUCCAGCCCUGACCACAAGUCCCUCCGCGGCCCCAGCCCGGAAAAGCACGGCAAGGGCUUGGGCAGGAGAAGCCCCGAGCAGCAUCCCAAGCACAGCCCGGAGAUCCAGGCCCAGAAGUACCUGCUCGGGUCCGGGCAGGGGAGCCCGGAGCUCUUUCAGAAGCACAGGGGCAGCAUAGGGAGCGGAUGCGGGAGUCCUGAGCCCAAACAGGGUUUGGCCGGAACGCCUGAUCACCUCCCGAGGGGUCGCAUCGGGGGCGGCAGCCCGGAGCCUCUGAGGCACCAGUACAGCGCCAGUGCUGACCAUGUGAAGUUCGGCAGCCCUGGCAGGGAGGUGGUUCAGAGGAGGCCGGCGGGAGAUGAGCUGUCACCCCACCACCGGAGCCUCUACAAUGGCAUGAAUGCUUUGAUAUCAGCUGGCUGUUGCACCACCAACUGUAGAAGUGUAAAGCUUUGGGACAGCUUUGAUGCAUCUUCUUGACCACAGCCUUGCCUGGAGGAUUGCGGAGUGAUUUCCCACUGGCCCUUGGAGUUGUUGGUGAACCUCUCCCACCCCUCUGAAUUACGCAUCAACGUCUAGAAGUACCCAACCAUGGCGACCUGGCCCUGCUCUCACCGGGCCUAGCCUUCAUACCUCUCUUAUAUUUCAUUUCUACAUAUCAAAAACCUGGUAUCACCGCCGUUUUGCUAGAAGGACUAAAUCCAUGAGACUGCCAAGCGGAUGUGAGCGAGAUAUGGGAUCCUCUCUGCCAACAAAAUAGUGCCCUACCUCCCGUGAAUAGGAAAGCACCGAAAAAAUAAAUACAGGGGGACACAGAAAACAAUCAGCCCUAUUGUUUACAGCUACGAGUCGACAGGAGUGAUUAUCUGCGGGCUAAUUCAUCUUCAGCCCCCCUCCGCUCCCACCUCCAUCCCCCCAACUAACUCUCUCUCCUCCCUCUCUGUCCUGCUCUCUCACCCCUCCUCCUUCUAGUUCUGUGGGAAUUCAUAAUUUCUGAGUGGUGAUGAGACCAAAAUAAUACUCCUCUAAAACCCAGACAGUGCUCCAUUCUCUCCUGGUGUAUAAGCAUUGCUUUCCGCUGAGGAUAUCAAAUAACUCCCAUUCAAUUCAUCUGUUGGUGACAGGACAGAAUAGCAGCUCCU